AUGUCUGGAUCCAAUCCUUUCCGCCGGAGCAAGAUCCUAGCUGCCAGCGAGAGCCUCCCGUCGAUUCCGGACAGCCGCGAUGCGCCCAACUUGAACAACCUGGGCGUUUUUGACCCAGAACCGAAAUCCUAUUCUAAGAGCGUGCGAAUCGCAACGCCUCCGGUUCCCUCCCCACCACAACCAGCAGCAGAGUCGUCGAGGUCAUACUUCCCCGCAGCUCCAACGACGACGCGCACUUUACAUAGUCCUCCACCGCUGGGAGCAGGUGAUAGCGACGACUCUUCCGAUGAGUCUGCCUCUGAUCCCUUUAAUCCGCAUGCUUCCGCAGUCGACACUUCCAGAAACAACAACAGCAAUAACAUCAAUGACGAACCGAGGUAUCAGCAGCGGACGACAUCACAAAACGAUACUUCGGUACUGAACAACCCGGGUUCGCGUCUGUCUGUGGCUACGGAACCGCAGGGUCGCGGGGUAGAAGAGGCCAGUAGUAUGGAGUCGAGCAAAAAGUCAAGUAAUAAUGCGACUCUCGAUGUGGAUGCGUUCACGAGGUUGCUUCUCACGGGCAACGCGGAUCAGCUAUCGGAUCCCAAGAAGACGGCAACGACGAGGAUUGAUACAGCUUCGGAUCUGUCGACGCCUCCGUCUCAGAUCGAUAAUGACAAUAAUAAUGUUGAAACUGAGAAGCAUCCGGCGGCUUCGGCUUCGCAACGAACCUAUUCUGAUAAUACGAGUAACAAUCUCGGAACGGCAGUGCAGUCUCUCAAAGCCGAGCCCGAUGACAGUAUCCAAAGGACAGCGAGUGUGAAGCGGCCGAAGCCACCGCCGCCAAAGACUCGCCAUGGGAAGCCUAUCAAAGCCGAGGAAUACCAACAGUCGAGAAAGUCCAGUGCAGAGAGCUAUCCUUCUGGGGAAUCAAGCCAGAAGCCCAUAUACCCCACGACGUCAAUAUCACCGCCGUCGAAUUAUCGCGAAGAGAUGGCUGCUGCAUUGGAAGCCAAUCCGUCGUCCAACUCUUCUGAUUCUGGUAUCACCGACGAUGUCUCUUCGCUACACAGGACCUCGUCUCAAUCGAAGCGGCCGCCCACGCCGCCUCUUGCUCGGCGACACAGCCAGAUCAAGCCCAAUAAGACACCACAACCACCACGUCCGCGGGAUAAUCUACAUCGUAUUUCCCUGCCUCCUCGCGGCCUGGGGCUUCAGAUUCCGGGGCCACCGAGCCCGGGAUUCAAAACGCCGCCCAGGCCUCCAUCGCGAAGACACGGAGAACCGCUGGCGGGCUCCCAUGCGGAUUCCUUGCCUCAGCCCAAGUCUUCCCUGUCUCAAGACCACCCUGUCCCAUCUCCUACUUUUGCCGUCGUCGAGGAUCCAUCAAGUACAGAAUCAUCGUCUCCCCCGUCUCGGCAACCGUCCAUCAAGAGAACCCCAUCUGGGUCUGCAACACACAUGGCACCGCCGCCGCCUCCGCCGCCGCGACGGGCUCGAACGUCCAGCAAGAGUAGCUUGAACAAUCCAGCAGCCGCGCUGCAGACCAAGACGGCCGACGACCAAGCAGAGAGCGAGCCGCAGCCAUCGUCCCAUGCAAAGGACAUUCUCGCAGACCUCUCGCGGCUUCAGCAAGAAGUCGACAGCCUCCGUGGACACUACGAGAACCGAAAGGUCAGCCAGUGA